UUGUAGCUAAAAUAUUUCACAUAUCUAUCUUAAUUAAGAUGAAACUAGACCUAGCCCAUGUUUGGGUAGACAGAAAAUUGUCUCAACCUGGAAAUUUCAAUCCUUCUAAGCUGCUAGACCAGGCCAAGAACUUCGUGGCAGAGAAGUUGGCGAACAUAAAGAAGCCAGAGGCCACCAUCACUGACGUUGAUUUCAAACGCGUCAGCCUUGACUCGGUGGAUUAUCUUGCUAAGGUGUCUGUCAACAACCCCUACGGACUUGCCCUUCCCAUCUGCGAGAUCUCUUACGUCCUCAAGAGUGCUGGCAGGGUGAUUGCAUCAGGGACGAUGCCAGACCCAGGGUCACUGAAGGCGAGCGACACGACGUUGUUGGAGGUGCCAGUGAAGGUGCCACACAGUAUAUUGGUGAACUUGGCAACGGACAUUGCUGCAGACUGGGACAUAGACUAUGUGUUGGAUUUGGGUCUCACCAUAGACCUCCCCAUUAUUGGAAACUUUACCAUUCCCCUCUCCAACAAGGGAGAAAUCAAGCUUCCCACCAUCUCUGAUAUGUUCUAAAUGUUUUCUGUAUCAUGAUAUAUUUAUCUGUACUUUCUUACUGAUCAUCUUGCUCUAGCCUCUGUCUACAAUAUCCAUAUGUGUGUGUGUGUGAUGGUUGUGGGUUAACAUGCAUAAUACUUUAGGUUAAUGGAACUUUUAAUGCUUUACAAUU